AUGACUUCAGCCAUCCCAAACAGUCACUCGUCCUCUUCGCCACAAGGCAACCCCCAAGGCGAAGGGGACUCGUCCAACUGCGAGAAGCGCAGCGGCCCCCGUCUCGCCCACCGUAAGUCCAGGACCGGAUGUCAGCGAUGUCGCGCCCGGCGAGUAAAGCGCGACCUGUGUGUCGCGACUGUCAUCGUCAUGGGAUCCCCUGUAUUUAUGACCGGCCCGCGGAAAAAGGAGCGGCCCCCCCUCAACCUGGAUCCAAUCUCGCCCAUGCGAGCCCAGUCCAUCAGAUUCCAGUCAUGA